CCACCGGAGGUUGGGGCGAUAAGGGGAGCAAUUCCGAUAGCGUGUCGACGUCAGGGAGCUUGCCAUCGCGGGAGCAGAGUCCGGUUGUGUUGCCGCCAUCGCGGUUGCAGAACGGAGAAUCAUCAUCGGAAGCUGCAGUAAUAAAUCUACACAAUGGGGAGGACGCUUUUUGGUCUGUCAAUACCCGCCAAUUCAGAACGGUCAUUGUCCUCAAUGACAAGGAACAUGCUGGAAGAGAAGGAUCGGUAUCCAACGGUGCACAAGUAUUGUGGAUUUUGGACGCUUGAGCUGAUUGAUGAGAAUCGAAGAGGCCAGUGUGCGGACCAGCUGUGCAAGUGGGUUUGGAAGUUGUGUAUAUAGGUGACGUGGCUUGUGUUUAAGUGGCUUUGAAGGGCGGUGGUGGGCUCAAUACUCCAAGUUGAUGUUGGGAGGCACUCAGAAGCUAAAGUAGAUGUUUCUUCUUCAUUUGUAGUAAGCACACUUUCUUCAGCUACGCUCUCAGAAGAGAAUGGGUGGUGGUCCGACAUAACAUCGUAGAAGGAAGACAUGGAAAACGGGAUGAAUGCACGCGGAAUCUGAUUGAACCAAUUCCAAGUGGAAAUCUGCCUCCUGGUUUUGAUCCAAGUACUUGCCGCAGUGUGUGAGUGUUUGCCCAAACAUUUUUUUUUUGCCUUUUACUCCUAUUUUAUCUCCCAUUUUUUUGUUUGUUUCAUGAUUGUGAUUGUGUGCAAGCCAAGGAAAUUUGACCGUGAAGCUGAUGAAUGGAUAGCUAGGGAGCACGCCAAGGAAAUUGCUAACAACAAGAACUUCUUAUUGCAGUCUAUGGACAUUGUAGGCAUCAGGGAUACCGAGAUACACAAUUAUCAGAUAAACCUGAAAGGAAAUGGUUCCUCUAGCAUAACUCGACUAACUCCAAACACAAAAAUGGGGCAAAAUUCAGUGGUACUGAAGUUUGUAUGUAUUCUUUUGUUAGCCUUGAUCUCUUACUGGCUGAUAUUCAUACCUUUUUACAGAAGGCAAAAGCCUGAAGCAUUUCUACUUGGCUCUAUGGAGAAUGAAAUGAUAUCUGAUGGUGUUCUUGCACAAGACAUAAACCAAGCAUCAUCUUUUUGGCUACUACGUGAGGCAAUUGAAUUAAUAUUGUUGAGAAGAUAUUAUUCAAGAAGUGGUGGCUUUGUACGAGAUGCAUGUCUGUGGCGUUUUUACUGGUUGAGGAAACGGAAAUGGGUAAUCAAUUGAGGUAGGUAUGAUAUCACUAAUAGUUAGUCUCUCUGUUUCACGUGCUCGUGUUCCUAUUUGGUACAUGUAUCCAUUCAAUGGAGCAACUUGUAGGGAAUAAUCUGUAUGAUUUUAUUGAUCGAUUAUGUUAUUAUGUUAACACUUUAUUUAUAUUAUUCAUUACAUGCUGUGUUAGAUUCUCAUUCUCGACUUGAUUCUCAUUAUAUGCUGUUGUUGAUACUUGGCUCUCACAACUUCCUCUUAGUUUCUCAUUCUCGACUUCCAUUACUUUCUAGUGGCUUCCUCUGUUUGUAUUUUAAACUCAUCUAUUUCCAUUGCUUUGUGAAUUCGUGCUACAGGGUUUCCGUUUAGGCAGUUUGGCUUCGGUAAGUUUCUAACCUUCCUCUUGUUCCUUUGACUUUUGUUCUCUUGCUUUUUAUUUGCUGAUAUAAUAUAGAGAAGAGCACAUUUUGAUCUCUCACAUGAUAUAAGUAUAUAAAUAUUUUAGCAUGAUAAGAAAAAUAUAUAAUAUAUUUUAGCCAAACUGAAUAACAAUAUAAUAUGAUUACUUUGAAAUUAUUCAAAAAAAUAAAUAUCUUGUUUUCUUAUCGGCAUGAUGAACAACUGUAUAAAUUGGGGGAUAGCAAUUAAUUAAUCAUUAGUUAUACCAUGAAAAAUAGUAUUUUUAUAUUUUUACAAUCUGUCUAAUUGAGUUAAUUAGUUAAGUUGAAGACUUGUAUAAGAUAUGGUUAAGUUGAAAAAUAGUACUUUUUGUUGAAGUGCAUGAAUUAAUUUAUAACAACAUGAAUAAAUAUCUUAAGUAAUUAAAUUAAAUAUGGGGGCCAGUUAGCAAAAGAGAAUGAGGAUGAUGUAAGUAAUUAAGUAUCUUGUUUUUGAUGAUGACAAAUGUUUUUUUCUUCUUUUUCUUAAUUUGUAAUGAGAAAUUGUGUGUAUGGCUUGAUUAAAGUAGUUAAAAAAAGGGGAAAAGAAAACGGGAAGCACAAGUUAGCUUUGUUAGUUCUUGUUGAUGGAUGUGAUUGAUUGCGUGAAUGGGCUAAGUACCUAUUUUGAAAUGAAAUGAUUAGGUAUUGAGACAGGAGAUUUAGAAAAAAAAAAUGAUUUGUUUCCACAUAUUCUAAGAGACGAGCCAGUGGCAAGGCUUUAUGAGCUUGGGAAGGUACUUAAUCUAAACACAGCUUUACUUUUGUCUGAUAAUUUUUUAUUUAUAAUAAUAUUUCUAUUCAUAGUCAAAAUAGUUCGAAUGAAUCUCUGUUCUUGACCUGAAUGAUCCAAAUCCUUCCAGGAAAAUGCACAUAACUUCAUAGUCAAAAUUCACUGUGCUUAUUAUUCUCAUUCAGUGGCUGGUGGACCAUGAAUUGUUUAUUGUUCUUGGAAGUUAAUGUUGCUUUUUGGAUAUAAUGCUAGUGGUUAUUUGGAGAGGACAUUCUUGAGUCCUGCAUCCAUGAGGGCAAUCAAUCUUAUUCGUAAAUGAAUGGAGGAUGCUGGUUUGAGAACUUGGGUGGACCAAAUGGGAAAUGUACAUGGUCGUGUUGAUGGAG